AUGUUUAGUUAAUAAGUAAAAUUAGGAAAAAGCAUGAUUAUAAAGAGACUCGUAAGUCUUAUGCAGAUUCGAUUGCCAUCAUAAUUUGUAAGGUAGACACAAAGAAUAAUCUAAUAACAAAGUUUGUUAGAAUUAAAAUAGGAAAAGAAAAAGAUAAACUUGACAUUCAUUAAAAUAAAUAGCAGUUUCGGCACUUCAUGUAACUGAAAUAUAAUUCAUUAAACAAUAGUUCAUAAUAUUCAAAAUUAGUAGAGCCAAUGAGUUAAAAAGGUCAUAGCCUAAAUCGAAAUAUUCAGUGACUGAAUUCUCAUAAGAGUGUUUCGGUAUUUUCAGCCCACAAGAUAGAAGGAGACAAGCUAUGAGAUCGUAAGUAUAAAAGCGCCAAAUUGCACAAAAAACCGAGCUAAUCAACCCAAUUAUAUAAAUAAGUAUAGGAAUAAAUACAGACGGAUAGUGGGCACCGUCACAGAACUGUUUUUACAAUGCCUUUGAGUUCAUGAAAGUAGGUACUGGAAAAAUACUUGGGAAUACUGAACUGCUCUUCUUUUUUGAAGGUGUCUGGUUUCAAGACAAAUUGACUUGACUCAUUUCAAGACACUUGGAAUGAGUAGGCCACCGAGUAGAAACCCCGAUGAUUAUAUCUGUCUUGACCGGUGCAAUUGUCCCUGCGUGUUUCUUUCCAGCAGUAGCUUUAAGCAGGGCCGAUUUAACAAGGAGUCCCCUGGGCUAACAAAGUGUGGGGGCUCUGUAGGUAGUAAACAACUUUUACACAUAAACCAGUGGAAAGUUUAUAUCGCAUGGAUCGUAAUAUACACACGUGGAGAGAAGAGAUUAUUCUGUUCCGGUGCCUCGUGUAUCAAGUAACAAUUCGGGAGCAGAUUCAGCCGGGAUCUGGUGGAGGACGAACGAAGACAGCGCUUCGCGCACCGCAAACUGCCAGUUUUGCAGAGGGGCGAGGCGACAGCGGGACCCAAAGUAGGCCAAGGUCGUGAGCUCUCGACGCGGACGUCCUCGGACAGAGGUAGGCGAAGCCGACCCACGACGAGCGAAGAGCCAGGAGUCUACGAAGAACUGGUGCAAAGCCGUAAUCAGCUAGGAAAUGUCCAGGUCACAUCGUAUUUACAAUUCCUGACAGGACUAUGUCCCAGUCUUUUGAUGAAAAAUGAACUUAACACAGAAGUGAAGGCAAGCCAGGUUGACCAGGAUAUGCCAUUGGCCAUGAUAUGUAGCUGGACGGCCGAGACAAUUGUGUGGGGGAGCCUUGCACAUGUACAGGAGGCACUGUUAUUCUUGUAGUUAGUGACGAUAAUUAUACUUACAUGCAAGAGAAUUUAAUAUUGACUGUAUUACCAAGCUUAUUGGGAAUAAACUAGUUAAUAAAAAGUUUAUAAGAUUUUUCUUUGUAAGAACUCAACGUAAAUGAUCUUCAUUUAAUACAUCCUGCG